UGUAGGGGGAGAUUUAUGUCACCACAAAAAAAAACGAAAGCAAAGGUUGGGUUCAAAACUGGUGUUAAAGAUUAUAAAUUGACUUAUUAUACUCCUGACUAUCAAAUCAAAGAUACUGAUAUCUUGGCAGCACUCCGAGUAACUCCUCAACCUGGAGUUCCGCCUAAAGAAGCAGGUGCAGCGGUAGCUGCAGAAUCUUCCACUGGUACAUGGACAACUGUGUGGACCGAUGGACUUACGAGCCUCGAUCGUUAUAAAGGAUGCUGCUACGAGAUCGAGCCUGUUCAUGGAGAAGAUAAUCAAUUUAUUGCUUAUGUAGCUUAUCCCUUAGACCUUUUUGAAGAAGGUUUUGUUACUAACAUGUUUACCUCCAUUGUAGGUAAUGUAUUUGGGUUUAAGGCCUUGUGCGCUCUACGUCUGGAAGAUUUGCGAAUCCCUGAUGCUUAUGUUAAAACUUUCCAAGGUCCUCCUCACGGAAUCCAAGUUGAGAGAGAUAAAUUGAACAAGUAUGGAUGUCCCCUAUUGGGAUGUACUAUUAAACCAAAAUUGGGUUUAUCCGCUAAGAAUUAUGGUAGAGCAAUUUAUGAAUGUCUCCGCGGGGGACUUGAUUUUACCAAAGAUGAUGAAAAUGUGAACUCCCAACCAUUUAUGCGUUGGAGAUACCGUUUCUUAUUUUGUUCCGAAGCAAUUUAUAAAUCACAAGCCGAAACAGGUGAAAUCAAAGGACAUUAUUUGAAUGCUACUGCGGGUACAUGUGAAGAAAUGCUAAAAAGAGCUGUAUUUGCUAGAGAAUUGGGCGUUCCUAUCGUAAUGCAUGACUACUUAACAGGUGGAUUCACUGCAAAUACUACCUUGUCUCACUAUUGCCGAGAUAAUGGUCUACUUCUUCAUAUCCAUCGUGCAAUGCAUGCAAUUAUCGAUAGACAAAAAAAUCAUGGUAUGCAUUUUCGUGUAUUAGCUAAAGCCUUACGUUUGUCUGGUGUAGAUCAUAUUCACACUGGUACUGUAGUAGGUAAACUUGAAGGAGAAAGGGAGAUUACUUUAGGUUUUGUUGAUUUACUACGUGAUGAUUAUAUUAAAAAAGAUAGAAGUCGCGAUAUUUAUUUCACUCAGGAUUGGGUUUCUUUACCAGGUGUUAUCCCUGUUGCUUCAGGGGGUAUUCACGUUUGGCAUAUGCCUGCUCUGGCCGAAAUAUUUGGAGAUGAUUCUGUACUCCAAUUUGGUGGAGGAACUUUAGGACACCCUUGGGGAAAUGCACCUGGUGCCGUAGCGAAUCGAGUAGCUCUGGAAGCAUGUGUACAAGCUCAGAAUGAGGGACGUGAUCUUGCUCGCGAGGGUAAUGCAAUUAUCCGUGAAGCUUGCAAAUGGAGUCCUGAAUUAGCUGCUGCUUGUGAAGUCUGGAAGGAAAUCAAAUUUGAAUUCCCAUCAAUGGAUACUUUGUAA